GAUGCCCCCAAACCGACCGAUAGAGCGGUCCUUGCCAUGGAACGACUUAAGAUCAGCCGGUAGUAUAAAAGGGCUAAGUAUAGAGGAAACUGAAGCAUUGCGUGGCGCGAUACCUGAUGCAGCCGAACAUUAUUUCCCUAAAAAUGCACCCUGGAGUGAGCAGUCUGCCAAAGACAUAGUCGCAUUCUUGGAAGGGAUUGCGAAGAAGCUGCCGUUCUUGCAGCGGUACAAGAACGCCUGGCCCGCGGAGGGCUGCAUGCGGAGAUGUCUGACGCAGCGCAGGGGCGUAAUGCGUAAGACUCAGAAUCAACCUGAGCCAAAGCCUAGCAACAGCGUACCGCUGCGGCGGCCCACCAGGGGCCUUAAUGCUGCGCAGCCGGCGGCACCUAGAAGAAACCGACAGAUCCCCCAAAUGCCAGCACCUGUGGUGUCUCCCAUGGUCCACUCUGGGGCUCCCAAUGGUGAGGCGUUUGUGCGGGCGUUCCUCCUGUCAACUCACCCUGCGAUGGACCAUCUCACAUUUGUCUUCAUUCACCAUGGUGUCAUUGAUGGUGUUUGCCUGGAAGUGCUGGCAAAACGGUCAGAAAAAGAACAGAAAAAUUUCCUCCAGACAGAUUUGGGGCUUAAUGCGAUGCAGGCCUUGGUUAUCCGGCGCGCGUUAUCCGAAAUGUGAUUAUCUACUCUAGCGAAUGUUAU